AUGGCACAAACAAAAACCCAAGCAGAAUCCUACCUCGCCUCCCUCCUGGGCAAAACCCUCCGCGUAACAACCACCGACACGAGAAUGUUCUUAGGACAAUUCAAAUGCACCGAUUCCGACCAAAACAUAAUCCUCUCCCAAACCUUCGAAUAUCGACUCCCGCCUCCGCCCAAAGAACCAGGAACAACAACGCAAGACCUAACGUCGCGGUACCUCGGCCUGGUGGUCGUGCCGGGAGAGUAUAUUACCAAGGUUGAGGUUGAGGCGUUUGAGAGCCAGUUGAGUAGGGAGGAGAGGGAACGGUUUGGGGUUGGGAGUGGGAAGAAGGAGAAUGAGAGGGUUGGAGGGAGUGAGGGGGAGGGGUGUGCUUUGGGUUGAGGGUUGAAAAUUGAGGGUUCGGGGAAUAAUGUUUGAUUGUUGGAGGAGUGGGAACUUGGUCAGUACUUGCAGAGAGCAAGGACGGAGGCAACGCAUAUGCCGAGCCGCAGAACACAUCUCGAAAACUUCGUCAAUAUGGCAUUGACGUGGCGACAUAAGAGGUCCGGCUUUCACACCCGAGAAAUAAGGCACGGCCCGAGCAGAGGAAA